GAUUGCGCCAUGCUUCCUUGAGAGUUUGCUGCGAGGAACGGGACAGCUUUAAAGGCGGGACUCUCUUUUGCAGAGCCAGAGUUAUCAGCAGUGAGAGUGAAAAGAGCAGCUAAGGGAGAGUGAAGAAGAAUAACGAUUAACAGAUCAGAAAACCUCAGUUAUUAGAAUUGUAAUUGUAUUCUAAAUAUGAAGAAUUCAAGCAGCAAAAUCCCCAUCAGCUCACUACUGGUUCUCCUAGCCUUGUUGACCAUUACUGAAGGAAUAAGUCUGAGGGGGUUGGGGAUGGAACUGCGUUGCCGCUGCAUCCAGACAGAGAGACGUUUGAUUCGUCAUUACAUCGAGAAAGUUGAGAUCAUUCCGGCCAAUUCUCACUGUGAAAAAUCUGAGAUCAUUGCCACUCUGAAAAAGACGGGCCAAGAGGUCUGUCUGGAUAAUGAAGCUCCAUGGGUCAAGAAAGUUAUUAAGAGGAUGAUGUCAAGCAAAAGGCUUUGAAAAGAAAGACAGAAUUGUUCAAUACUGGGCUGUCGGCUGCUGGACGAGCACCAUCAGAAGCCAUUACCAUGAGGAGACAAGGUCACCAAGUUACUUGUGUCGUUUUAAGACUCUAUUUAAUGUUAUUUUUUAGAUAAAAUGGUACCGUGCACAAAGCUAAACCUUUUAUAAAAGAUUCUAAGUAUAAAAAUAUAUAUUUUAUUAUUAGCAUAUUUUAUUUUUUGCAAUUCCUUUCUCAACCAGCGUUUUACUCUUGUCAGUUGAUUUUUUAAUGGUUUACUAGCGGGAGGUUAAUUGAUAAGAAGAAUCCUAUUAUUUCUUUUUGAAGAUUAAUUUUUUAAUUGAUCAUAUGUUAUUAAAGCUAAAUAUAAUCGUAUAUAAUGAAUUACUAGGCUUUUGAAGUUAAAACAAAUGGAUUUUUUUUUUUUAUCCAUAUAGUUAUUCUUUUUGCAUCGAUACUAUGUCGCCUGUCAACGGUGCUUCGUUAUUUAUGUAUUCCAUUAUGCAGCACAUUUUUAAUGAGCAAAUAAUUAUGAAGAAUAAAAACGACAAUACAGAAAUGGUGAGUGAAAUUAGAGAAAUAAUAGGCCUAUGUUGAUCCACUCACUAACACAGGUGCAAACACACUUCUAUCUAAAUGAAAGACCGCCACCUGCUGGUUAAUAUCAGCGCCUCUCCAUAGCAGAAGGCUUUGAAGGAAAAUCUCCAAACCAAAUUAUUCGUCAGUUUGUGGACGAGCACCAUUAUAAAUAGUAUUACCAUGAGGAGAAAAGGUCACAGAGUUGCUGGUGUUGUUGUCAGACUUGAUUUAAUGUCAAGUUGGAGAUAAAAUAUUACCGAGAAGUAAGCUAUACCUUUAACAACAGAUUAUUUGUGUCAAAAAUAUUGAAUCAUUUCUUUUCUGCAGGAGUUGGCUCUUUUUCAUUUUUUUUCUAUAAUGGUAACAGUAAAGAGAUGUUAACAGAUAAGCAAGAUUAAAUAAUAAAUUAUAAUUAAUUACUAGGCUUUUGAAGUCUAUUUUAAAUAAAUCAUGAUUCUUUACAUCAAAGCUCGGCUUUCUGCAUCAGAUACCUUUCCUCUGACUCAUGUCUACCAUAUAUAACACAGUGCUUUUAAAGUGCUUCUAUUGUAAUUAGGUGAGUGCAGGGGUGGACUUGGACAAAAAUUCAGCCCUUGCAUUUUCUGUCCAGACCAGCCCACUGCAUUAUCAGCAGACAUUACAUAGAAGCCCACAAAUCUCACAGCAUCUCCUCUAAUGCAUAGUACAAAGGGGAGUCAUAUUCCUUGAUAGCAGUUAUCAAAUAAAGCACGUAACUAUGAACUCAAGGAAAGAAAUUGAGAGCUAUAGCAAUCGAUCAGUCUUUAUUCAUUAUAGUGUCAAAUCACAACAGAAGUUAUGUCAUGACUAGGGGUGGGAAGAACCCUCAUGGUACCCAUUCAGUUUUUAGUCUGUGACUGUGAAAAUCUUUUGGUGUAAGCCCAGUGUAACAGAUUAAAGAAUGAAAAAAUA